AAAAUAUAUAGUGGAGUUUAUAUAUAUAGUUUGCUACAUGUAGGUCUUAAGCUAAAAUAAGAAGAUGCAAAAAUAUCAGCCUUUCCGUAUAGUUGAGUGAAUUUUUCUAUCUGGACUUGGAAUUAAGAAAAUGGAGAAAUUACAAGGAAAUAGUUUUGGUGAUGGGGAAGCCGAAGAGUAUGACGUGGUUGUUGUGGGGUCGGGCUACGGUGGUUCUGUGGUUGCCUGCAGGUUGUCAAUGGCCGGCGGCAGAAGCGUUUGUCUGCUUGAGAAAGGCCGCAGAUGGGAAGCUAAGGAUUUCCCAACAGACAGCUUCAAGUUGUUAUCAGCUUCGAGGGUUGAAAGCCGGAACUUAGGCCUUAGCCUUGGAUCCAAAGAUGCACUAAUCCAGGUAUAUGAGCAAAACGAUUCUGUAGCAGUAGUGGGUUGCGGACUCGGUGGAGGUUCACUAGUAAACGCAGGAGUUAUGAUGCCGACACCAGUUCGAGCCAGACGGCAUCCAAAAUGGCCAAAGCAAUGGGAAAAGAAUUGGGAUAGUUGUGAAGCUUCUGCAGCUGCCAUGCUCAAAGUACAAAGCCUUCCUGACAAGUUUUCUGUUGCGAAAGUCUUGGAAGAUCAUAUCACUAGUGAAGAAACUUUUGAGACUCCGGUGAGGCUGACUAUGAAUUUUGACUUUGAAGAUGGUCAACGUCCACUAUCCAAUAAUAAUCCAAUUAAGAAGGUUCAACAGAUGAGUAGCUGCUUAGCCUGUGGAAAUUGUCUCUCUGGAUGUCCUUAUAAUGCCAAAAUUUCUAACGACAAGACUUAUCUACUUUCAGCAAUCCAGGAGGGAUGCACGAUUAAAACUCAAUGCCAAGUGCAGUACGUGAUUAGAAAUACGUAUGACGAUGAGGGCACAAGUGGCAGAAGAAAUAGAAGAUGGCGUGUUUAUUUGAAUGAUAUUGAUUAUGUAACCACUGAUUUCGUAAUCCUAUCAGGAGGAGUUUUUGGCACGACUGAGAUCCUCUUUCAGUCACAAAUGAGAGGACUAAGAGUUUCAGAAACACUUGGUUCAGGAUUCAGUUGCAACGGAAAUACUGUUGCCUAUCUCGCCGGAAGCCCGAUGCCGUUGAAUGGUUAUGGACUAGAUAAGAAGCAACUCUUUAAGAUUCCAUUUCAAGCAAGGCCAGGACCAUCCAUCUCAUCAUCGUACACUUCUUCGUUGGGGUUUACAAUUCAGAGUGCAAUACUUCCAUCAGCUUAUCCGAACCUUAUGUUUAAAGGAAUUGUGACUUACGGAUGGCCUGCCGGGUACUGGUUCUUUCAUGGGAUCAUUGACAAGAUAAAGCUUGCAAUGGGUUUUAAAGCAACCCAUGCAGUGGCUCUUGUUGCGAUGGGAUAUGAUGAGAGCGAUGGUAAAAUCAUGUUAGAAAGGGGCACCAACAAAAUCAGCUUUAAUCCACCUCGUGAUCCCCUUCUUCCCCGAAAAAUUAAAGCUUUUCAAAGGCUCACUAAGAAAUUAGGAGGAGUUCUCUUCAUGUCGAAGUACCGAAGCACAGCUGUUCAUCUUUUAGGUGGGUGCAAUGCAUCAUCAAGUCCGUUACAUGGUGUUUGCAACCCUAAUGGGCAGGUUUUUGACCCAGCUAAUGAUGAGUUUCUGGCUGCUGCAGUACACCCCGGCCUAUAUGUGUGUGAUGCUUCUUUGAUUCCAUGUUCUGUUGGCAUAAAUCCAUCUCUUACUAUUGCCACCGCAGCUGAGCACAUAAGUAGGCAACUUGUGAAGGAUGUUCUCGAGUACAGUAUCAACAAUAUCGACAAAAAAGGUCCAGAUUCCUUCACUGAUAAAACAAAGACUAUAGCUAUAGGUAAUGGUAAAAAAUCAGAUCUCACGUUCAAAGAAACCAUGAGAGGACAUGUUGGGGGUAUGCCAUGCACAGCUUAUCUCAAAAUGAAGAUGAACCCUAAUGAUGAGAACUAUAUGGACUAUGACAAGUUGGGUACUAAUAUUGGCCGCGAAUCCCAUCCCCUUCUAAGAGGGAAAGUUGGAGGGCACGUAGAACUUAGAGGCUUUGAGAAGGAUAAUUUGCAUAUCAUAGAUGGAGAAGUAAAUUUGUGUGAAGUAGAUUGUAGAACUCCUUACACACAAUAUAUGCUUUAUCGUCUUUGCCUUGUGGCUUCUACUGGUUCAAGGUAUAUUCUGCAGGGGAGAAAGAUUAUGAAUCCUUAUCUCUUUGCAUUAUAUGCUUGGAGGGAAACGACCACAAUGCAUGUAACAUUUGAAAAAGUUCCCGAGAAAAACUCAGUGGAUCAUGAUCAUGAGAAUGUGAUCUUAAAAGGGGAGCUUAGUAUUUCCAUGAUGGAGCUUCUUAAGAGCUUGAUGAGCUUCGAUGGAAACAAGAAAAGAAAGUUCUUAUGCCUCCUAUCAGGGACUUUCUUGAGAACCUAUUUCUUGAAGAUACCUCGAGGGAACCAAGAGUACCUUAAUUUGUUAGACUGUGAACAUAAAUAUUCUUAUCCAAGCAGCACCCUGCACGAUAUAGAAACAGAAGAUGGAGUCGUGAUCAGUUGCAGGCAAUGGAAUUGCCAUGAUUUGUCAAAAUUUAGACGAUCAGAUGGACAACGAAACCCGGUUCUCCUUGUUAAUGGUUAUGCUGUUGAGAGUUACUGGCUUCCGACGGAGCCAAAUGACUUGAUCAGAACUUUACUUGAAGAAGGGCAUGAAACAUGGUUAUUACAAUCCAGGCUGCACGCUCUUAAUCCUCCAAACACUUUUACCCUAGAAGAUGUUGGAAGAUUUGAUAUCCCUGCUGCAAUUAAUAAGAUGCUUGAAUUGCUUGGACCGAGCGUAAAGGUGCAUGUAGUUGCACACUGUGUUGGAGGCUUAGCUAUUCACAUAGCUCUCAUGGGAGGUCAUGUCUCUGGAAACCAUAUAGCUUCUCUGUCUUGCACUAACUCUUCUAUGUUCUUCAAGCUUAAUGCUUUGUCCAAAGUCAAAAUGUGGCUUCCUAUACUGCCAAUAUCCAUGUUGAUACUUGGAAAUAACAAGACACUUCCGCUUGUGGAAACAUCAACGCCAGUGAGCUUACGUCAUAGAAUCUUAAAACUUGUAGCGCGCUUGAUACCGCGUUACGAGAGAUGCACCUGUAAUGAAUGUGAAGUUGUUUCCGGCAUAUUUGGAAACGCAUUUUGGCACGAAAACAUAAGCCCAACUGUGCACCAGUGGUUGAACAAGGAAAGCUCAAAAAGGCUUCCUAUGGCAGCAUUUCCCCACCUCAGAAAGAUAUGCAAAUCUGGUUUUAUAUUAGACAGCAAUGGUAGCAACUCCUACUUGAUCCACCCAGAAAGAAUGGCACUCCCAACACUUUAUAUAUCGGGCGGGCGGUCUCUCCUUGUGACUCCUCAAACAUCUUUUCUUGCUCAUAAAUACAUGAAGUUGCACCAACCAGGGUUUAGACAUGAAAGGGUAGUUGUGGAGGGUUUUGGGCAUUCAGAUUUGUUGAUUGGAGAAGAGUCUUGCAAGAAGGUCUUUCCUCACAUUUUAUCUCAUAUAAGAGUAGCUGAGGAAGAGAAAUACUACUGCAGUAAAGAGGCCUUGGAUUCAGAAGCAGAUCAUUAUCAAUAUGAGGAAGGAUUUGGAGAAUUUGGAACUUGGUUUUCUCCUUUCAUUAUUCUUCUGCUGGUCUUUAUAUUCCUUUCUUUGUUGGUCCGAUUAUUUUUAGUAUCAAGUUAACUUUGGCUACUGUACAGUUGUUUGUUUCCAUCAAAUUAUAAGUUAAUUGAACCAAGUUAUACUUUUUUCC